CGUGAAACAGACCAUAACGAGUUAACUACGGUAAAUUCAGCCAUUAUAUUUGCUUCCAUUCAUUAAUUUAUUCCUCCACCGGCGAUAUGUAUUGCUGUUGUCGCUUUCCUCGUAGCUGUUCUCCUCCUCAGUCCUCACUAUUCUCUAUUAUCUUUAUUCUGCUUACCAAAACAACCCAAUUCAAACCAAUCCACGCAGCUGCGUCGAAGGAGACUCUCCUUUUCCUCUUCUUCUCUCUUCUCCCUCCGCUUUUACUCCCAUUUUAUCAGAUUCGAUUAAAAUACAGUUGAGCAUCGACGGUUCAUGGGAAGAACUAAUCUCGAAGCUCAGAUCCGUCUCCUUCCGGAAUCCAAGGCCAUGGAAGGAGAGGGUUUCGAUGAGUCAAACCUAAGCUCAUUCCCCAAAUUGCCUCUCCCGAGCACCAGACCUAACAGCAUGGUUGUUAAGAAAGUGUGUCCUCGAGAGUUCAUCCCGCCCCACAUCGUCGCGGAAGCCAUGUCAACGCUUCACGGGCUCGAUCUGCGGUGGUCCGGUCCGAUCACGCCCACCGAGAUGCAAUACGUCGAACAGUAUGUGCUCGCCAAGUACCCCCAAUACUCCCACGGCCUCAUCGAAGAGAGCGACAAGACGGAUCUCUAUUCCAUCUACUGCACCGACUCCAGCGACCCCAGCUCCGGCGGCCGGCGAGGUCUUCCAUCCCCCGACGAUCGCCGUCGAUCACCUCUCGGAUCCCGUGACCCCUCCCCUUCCCCUUCACUCGGCGGCAGCCACCCCGAUCUCGACCGCACCCAACUCGAACCCUCUCGCCUCCUCGACAUCCUCACCAAGAAAUCCUCCUUCCCCGGAAGCUUCAUCUCCAUCCCCGAGAUUCAAGCCCGCAACCGCAUUUUGCAGCACUGCGGCCUAAGCGACGACGACUACCUUGUCCUCUUCAUGCCAGGGCAUAAAGACGCCAUGAUGCUCGUCGGCGAGAGCUACCCCUUCUUCAAAUACAACUAUUACAUGACGGUGAUCGAUGAGGAUGUCGAUUGCAUUCGAGAGUUCGCCACCUACAAAGAUUCAAAGCUGAUUCCGGCGCCAUCGGACUGGCUUGAUCUCAGGAUCAAGGGAUCUCAACUAAGCCAAUACUUCCGCAGAAAAAGCAAAUAUAGCCCGAAGGGACUAUUUGCUUACCCAGCAGAGGUCAAGGGAACGCGAUACUCGAUGCAUUGGGUCUCCGAAGCACACCGCAACUCGUGGCACGUGUUGCUGGACGCAAGCGCGAUUGAGGUUGGUCAGGACAGGCUUAGCCUUGCGCUUCAUCGCCCGGAUUUUGUUCUUUGCACGCUUGAUAACACGCACGCUAAUCCUUCCAAGAUAACUUGCCUUUUGGUCAGGAGGAAGUCCUUUGAUACUGGUUUUUCGCCUUGAUUAGCUAGGAGUCUCUUAGCCUGAAAUUAACUGCGCGCAUGGGAGCCUUUUCAGUUACUUCAUGUGUGUAAUUAGGUUUUGUUUUGCAAGCAAAUUAAUCAUAAACUCUUUAUUAGUAAUUAGUAUGGUUAGGAUUUGUUGUUUCAAAAUCAAAGUGAUUUUUAAAUUUGUUUGGUA